AUGAGCUCCCCUGGCACGGAGGGCGCAGGGAAAAGCCUGCAGUACCGAGUGGACCACCUGCUGAGCGCCGUGGAGAGCGAGCUGCAGGCGGGCAGCGAGAAGGGCGACCCCACGGAGCGCGAGCUGCGCGUGGGCCUGGAGGAGAGCGAGCUGUGGCUGCGCUUCAAGCAGCUCACCAACGAGAUGAUCGUCACCAAGAACGGCAGGAGGAUGUUCCCUGUCCUGAAGGUGAACGUGUCUGGCCUGGACCCCAACGCCAUGUACUCCUUCCUGCUGGACUUCGUGGCGGCCGACAACCACCGCUGGAAGUACGUGAACGGGGAGUGGGUGCCGGGGGGCAAGCCCGAGCCGCAGGCGCCCAGCUGUGUCUACAUCCACCCGGACUCCCCCAACUUCGGGGCGCACUGGAUGAAGGCGCCGGUGUCCUUCAGCAAAGUCAAGCUCACCAACAAACUCAACGGAGGGGGCCAGAUCAUGUUGAACUCCUUACAUAAGUAUGAGCCUCGAAUCCACAUAGUGAGAGUUGGGGGUCCUCAGCGCAUGAUCACCAGCCAUUGCUUCCCAGAGACCCAGUUCAUCGCUGUGACGGCUUAUCAGAAUGAGGAGAUCACAGCUCUUAAAAUUAAAUACAAUCCAUUUGCAAAAGCUUUCCUUGAUGCAAAGGAAAGAAGUGAUCACAAAGAUAUGAUGGAAGAACCUGGAGACAGCCAGCAAUCUGGGUACUCCCAAUGGGGGUGGCUUAUUCCUGGAACCAGCACCCUGUGUCCACCGGCCACCCCCCACCCUCAGUUUGGAGGCCCCCUCUCACUUCCCGCCUCGCACGGCUGUGAAAGGUACCCCGCCCUGAGGAACCACCGUCCGUCCCCCUACCCCAGCCCUUACGCGCAUCGCAACAACUCUCCAACCUAUUCCGACAAUUCCUCUGCAUGUUUAUCCAUGCUCCAAUCCCAUGACAAUUGGCCCAGCCUUGGAAUGCCUGCUCAUACCAGCAUGCUCCCCAUGAGUCCUAACACGGGUCCAGCUGCUGGCUCUAGUCAGUACCCCAGCCUGUGGUCUGUGAGCAACGGCACCAUCACGCCAGGCGCCCAGACGGCGGCGAUGUCCAACGGGCUGGGAGCCCAGUUCUUUCGAGGUUCCCCCACACACGCUGCACCCCUCGCCCACCCGGUCUCGGCUCCUUCCUCCUCGGGAUCCCCACUGUAUGAAGGGACCGCCACGGCCACAGACAUUCCUGACAGCCAGUACGAUGCCUCGGCCCAAGCUCGCCUCAUAGCCUCAUGGACACCUGUGUCGCCGCCUUCCAUGUGAAUCAAGGUCUGUGUCUUAGAAGACACAAGGACUUCUAGGUUGUGGCAACAAGUGUUGAUUUGAUUGAUCUCCUAGGUACUAAGUGGCAAUUUCAUGGGUCAAGGAAAGGAAAUAGGCCUUAUUAACCUCACUUUAAAAUAAGAGGAGGAAUACGUGUCCUGUUAUUCAUCAGAGUCCCACCAGCACCACCCUUUGCCCAUCGUCUGCCGUGGCUGUGCCGUCCUGAGUCAUUUAUGUGUUGUGGGUGAAUUCAACUAUGGCAGCAAGGCAGUGGGCCUAAUUCACCACGAUUGACAAUAUAAAUUAUUUGCUAGGGUCCAGAAACUUUUUGUUUGUUUCUCAUAGAGCGCAUAGAUGACUUUCGCACCUCAGAAUUUGUAAACUCCCCUGGUCUUACUUUAGCGAGAUAAAGAGCACACUCUGAAUCCUCUUCCUUGUUGCUUUUGAGUCAUUUUCAGGUCCCUUGGUGGCAGGUGUCAUAGUUGGAGCUGAGCUGUGAAGGACGGGCUGGUAUCAGAGUGGAGGACAGCAGAUUUUAGUUGAAAUGGGGUUGCCUGCUCUGCCCACUAGAAUGUGUUUAUUCUGAGCACAGGUAGCUAAUCUUUUGUAUUGUUAAAGCUACAACUGUUUGUAUUUUUCUUUUGACAAAGUAGCCAAAGACAAUCAGCAGAAAGCAUUUUCUGCAAAAUAAAGGCAAUAUGCAAAAUUUG